AUGGGUCGCAACAGCUCGAGUAGCGGAAAUGCCAGCGUCGGGAGCCCUGGCACUAACCCUACCAACGGACCGCCACGAACCACGGGCCGGCAGGGCCGUCACAAGCACAGCUACAGCAUGGACUAUUCAACAGCCUCUCCUCUCGCGCUUCCGCCGUCUGGUCCUAAGCCUAGGUCGCAGAGCAACAGCCCGGGUGACAAUGGCGGCUACCGCGGUGGCGGCGGCGGCGGGAGCAGGCAGUCGCCUCUCUCCGGCGCGACUGCUCACAUUGGCGGCGGAAGCGCGAAGAAAUCUUCCUCGUGGAUGCCGCAUCUUAGUCCGCGGUUCCUGUGCUCCGCGGGAAUGCCGCCGGAACUUCAAAACGGCUAUUUCGGCCAUUUGGAUCUCGGCGACGACGACGACGAUGAUGACGAAAUUCACGGCGGCGAAUUGGGUAACCGGUCGCGUAGUGAAGUCCUCUACAGGUCCCGUCCCGUCGCAGACGCCGUUGAUGUUAGCUGCAGCCGCGGCGGCGGGUACUCCCGCGCGAAGACCGAGAUUCCGCGGAACGCGCGAGCCAGAGCCGCAGCCGCAGCCGCCGUCUCCUCCCGCGCGCCUGCGCCCCGAAGCUGCGCCACAGACGCAGGGAGGGGAGGCAGCGGCGGCGGCGCGGCCAGCGCUGGCGCAGCGGCGGGGCUCGGCGCGCAGCAGCAGGAGGCGGCGGACGCCGCCGAGGAGGAAAACGAGGCGCAGUUUGGCAGAGCGAGCUCUAUGCCUGCCUCUAUGCACCGGCGACGGAGAUCCCUAGGCGGGGGUCUGGUCUCCCUAGGGUCUGGCGGCCUGAACUCCUUAGGAUCCCCCGGUGCUCCUAACGGUCUUGCUUCGUGCUUGCAGCCUAGAUCGUCGGAUAUGGACGAGGACACUAAGAUCCGCUUUACAGAAGGACCCGCUAUAAGUUCUAGGUCGAGCUCUGGAAGGAUCGGCGGGGUUGUGGACGGGUCGCUAACCUCUGGUGAUGAUAGUGGUCAGUUUGGUAGCGGUAGGUUCGGUAGUGGCCGCUUUGGUAGUGCGAGGCUUGGUAGUCAUAGGCUCGGCAGUGGUAGGCUCGGUAGUGGCAGGUUUGGUGAUGAUCGAUUGUCAACCGACUCUCCCUCUGGCGGUAGGGAGAAUGUCAAGGGUGGGGCACCGAAUUCGAAAGUUCGCCGAAGCUAUUCUGGAGCUUCGGAUAGCUCUAGUAGGCUCGUUGACAGGCCUGGGGACAUAACAAGAGAGGCGUUUCCGGAUAGGCAGGUUGAGAGGCUGAUGGAAGAACAAACCUCAAACAAUAUCGCGUACAAAGGAAGAGGCUCGCAAUCAGGACCGUUGAUGCCCCGAGAGUCUCUGCAAAUAGACGGCUGCGAUCGAUCAGGGUCUGAACGCAUAGAGGAGCCUUCCUCUCACCCGCCGCGGAGACCUACAGGUGCAGCAGAGCGGCUCAAGUCUCGCAGUUUCAUUGGACGGAGCUUUUCCGGUGGGGGUAUGGAAUCCGUAGCUGCUUCUGCUACUGCUUCUGUAGCUGUUGCUGCUUCGGCGUCUAGCAUUGAGUCAGGUAGAAAAGCAGGUGCUGCUGCACAGAGGCUUAAGUCCAGCAGCUUCAUUGGGCGGAGUUUUUCUGGGGGGGGUGUGGAGUCUGCAUCUGCUUCUGCAGCUGCUGCGGCGGCGUCUAUCCGCGCUGCAUUACGGGCGUCCGUGCUUAGAAGCUCGUCAGGAGUGGGGAAGGCGAGCCAGGGGGGAGAGAGACAGGAGGGGGAGGGACAGGGGGGAGAGGGACAAAAGGGGCAGACAGGCGGGGGGCAGAAAGGUGGGAGGGUUGAUGGCGCGGGACGGAAAGGGUCGGGUCGAUGGUUGAUUGCGAAGAGCUUUUCAGGCAGCCGUGCUCGCACAGAUGAUGCUGCUGCUACCGCUGGUGGUGGGAUUCGGGUGGAUAAGUCACUUUCGGCCAGGAUGGGAUGUAAGGAUGCGGAGGAGGUGGAGAAGAAGGAGGGAUUCGGAGUGUGUGGCAGGGAAAGCAGGGACGGUUGCAGGAGAGGAGAGGUGGAGGAAGAAUAUGGGUUUGAUGGAAAGGAGAGUGCAGACAGUGAGGAGGGGAGUGAGAAAGUGGAAGCGAGGGAGGAAGAGGAGGAAGACGGGGAAGACGGGGAAGAGGAGGAGAGCGAGGGAGUAGCUGUAGGGAGAGGGUUGUGGGAGGAUUAUAACGAGGGUGGAGCUUUGAGAGCCGAGAUGAGCUUACGAGACAGUGGUUGGUCGGCACAGCAAGGAGAACACCGAGCAGAGGAUCGGAUAAAGCACCCCGGCAGCAGGUUGAUUUCAAUGAACCGAGAUGAGGAGGAUGACGGAGAUGAAGAACGGGAGACAGACGAAGGAGAGGAGGGAGAGGAGGGAGAGGAUGGAGAGGAGGAAGUGGAGGAGGGAGAGGAGGAGAGGGAGGAAGAGGAGGUCGAGAGGCAAGGCUUCAUCUUGAGCAGCGGAGGUGUGGAAGUGGAAGGUUCUGGGUGGCGAGAAGGGGGUUUCCAGGAAUCUUCUGUGCCAGUGCAAGGUUCAGAACCUGGUGACACAUAUGAACGAAGCUUCCAGGAAGAUGAGGAUGAAGGAGAGCGGGUUGGGAUGGGAAAGAGGGGCUGGAUGGGAGCUCCGUCCUUCAACCCCCCCAAUGGAGUGCUUGAAACGUCCCAGCAGCAAAGAGGGCUUAUAGGAGCUCCAUCCCUCAACCCGGACACAGAAUUUGAAACGCCGCAGAAAAGGGUUUUGAUAGGAGCUCCCUCACUCAAUCCUGACGCAGCUUUUGAGGUGCCUCAACCGAGGGAGCUGAUUGGAGCCCCGUCCCUUAACCCUGACGCCGGCUCUCAGGCGUUUUGGGCGUGUUUGAAGGAGGGGAGAGGGGCGGAUGUGUGGGAUAGGGAGGCGGAGACGAUUGCUGAGGAAGGGGAUGGGGGAGAGGGAGGGGAAGGGGAAGGGGAAGAGGAUGGGGAGGGGGAGGAGGGGGGUGGUGCGAGUGGUGUGUUUGAUCUAGCGCAAGGGCUGACGAUGCAGGGAGAGGGAGGAGGUGUGGAAGAAAUCACUUUUGAGAAUUCUCAAAAGGGGGGAGGUGUGGAAGAAGAAGGGGGUUUCGGUUUUGAUGUGGGGGAAAGGGUCAGGUUUGAAGACAGGUUUGAAGACCGAGAAGCAGAGAGGGAGGAAGGCAACUGGGAGGGAGCAGGAGCAGGGGAUGAGGGCAACUGGAACGAGGGUGGUGGCAGCAGCAGGGUGGGGCAAGAAAUGGGUGGUGGUGGUGGUCCGUGGAAGUCAGUGCGAGAAGCAGAGAGGGAAAUGGAUUCGGUAUGCAGCAGCAGCAGCACUGCAAUGCUCUUCAGAGGGAAUCAGAGCCUGGGAGGGCCCGGAGUCCCAGGAGAGCUUUGUGAUGAGGAGAAUGAAAACGGGGAGUUUCAAGAAGGCGAGGUUCGACCAGACUUGUGGGGAAGGGCUGCAAGGGUUGAAAGCAGAAGUUCUUCCCGGGAGAAGAGCAGCAGCAGCUUUCAGGCGUCGCCUGAGGAAGGAGGGUGGUUUGAAGGAGGAGGUGGCGGGGGGGUUGAAGGGAACUUGUUAGAAGGAGAAGGAGCAGCAGUCACGGCAGUAGAAGCAGGACUAGGGGGUACAGUUAGGAGAGGAGGAGAAGUGUUCGAUGACAGAGAAGCAGCAAGAGGAAGAGGGGGAGGAGGAGGAGCAGCAGCAGCUGGAGCAGGGACAAGUACAGCUGCUGCUGUGAGCACAAUGAGGGGAGGAGGAGGAGCAGAGGCAGCAGCAGUAGACAAGGAAGCAGCUCUAGAAAACGCGUGGAUGAUGGCGGAAGGGGAAGAGGAGGAGGAAACUCCAGACUUUGACGAUUUCAGCCGCACCCGAACCUUCACAUCUGCCAUCCUAGCCGGAAUCACCAAGAGAGUCACCGGACCUAAGGCUGGGCCUGCCAAGCCUGGAUCCACCAGGCCUGGGUUUGCCAUGCCUGGGUUUGCGAAGAGGGAAGAUCCGGGCAGCAGCAGCAGGGUGAUGGAUCCGAGGACUGCUAGUGAUACGCACAAGGAUGGGGUAAAGGAGGGGAUUGGAAAGAGAUGGGGUUUUCUGGCUUCCAAGCCGAAACCUGGAGAGGAGGGUGGGGGUUCGAAGGGUGCUUCUGGUCUUGAGGCACAUGGGUCAGGUAGGUUAGGUGGGUCAGGUAGGUUAGGCGGGUCAGGUAGAUUAGGUGGGUCAGGUAGAUUAGGUGGGUCAGGUAGGUUAGGCGGGCAGAAUGGGAACGAGGAGAAGGAGAAAGAAGGGGGGGGAGUGUUCGGCUCUGCUCAUACUCAGCAUCACCACCACUCCCGGCAAAAGUCGCAGAUUUCGUUCGGGUCUGCUGCUGAUUCCGCUCUGCUGUCUGGACUGCCUUCGUUCCUUCGCUCAGUCACUUUCACCUCUGCUGAAGCCCAGGCGCACCACAAGCAGCAGCAGCAGCAGCAGCAGCAGCAGCAGCAGCAGCAGCAGCAGCAAGAAGAGGAGGGGGGGGACGAACAGCUGCAAAUGCAGCAGCGGGAUGAGUUUCUGGCAGAGCAAUCAAGUCAUGCAGAGGAGAUUGAGAGAGAUGGGAGACCGAACGAGUCAUGUGAAUCGCAGGAACACGCACAGCAGCACCGAGGAGAAGAUCAGGAGGAGGUCCGUGAAUGUCAGGCGCUUGGGCUUUCAGAUCAAACUAUUCCGCACCUGUCACAGCAGCAGCAGCAGCAGCAGCAGCAGAGGCCGUGGGGGUCUGCUGUGCGGUGCAGCUCGGUGGAGGAGGGUACGGCACGGAAUGCUGCCAGUCAGCAGCACAAGGAAGGCAUGUGGGACAACAGUGGGGUGCACGGGAGGAGCAGUGGCAGUGGCAGUGGCAGUGCAGUGGAACGACUGAGAGACGAGGCCGAACGUGCUACUUCCAACCCCUCCGGGAGCAGAAACCUUUCCCGAACGCGCCCUGGUACCAGUGCCUCUUUCUCUGGCCGUAUGGGUGCUUCUUCUGCUCCUGGUGCUGCUGCAGAUGGUGCUGCUGCUGCUGCUGCUACUGCUGCUGGUGGUAACGGUACAACUACUCCUACUGGUACUGGUCCAACUACCCCCACUGGUGGUGAUGCGUCUGGGCCUGCUAUCAGCCCUGUUGUCACUCCCCGCAUCGCCUACUUCUCGUUUGAUAAGUACCGGGAGGCUGUAGCAGGGGGAGGCUCAUCUGGGGGAGGUGCAUCUGCUGAGGAGCGCGAUGCGGAGGGGUACCUAGUAGUGGAUGCAGCGCCGGGUGGAGCACGGCCAAAGUACGACAGGAAGGCCAGGAGCCGCACCUUUGGCAACCCAGAAGAGCUCUCCGACCUCUACCCUCCCCCCAGUGCCUUCGAGCGAUCCCACUCCACACCCGAGCGGCGUCGGCCUCUCGAACGCCCCGCAACCUCCUCUGCUGCAGCAGGGGUUGGGAGGCCCCCCAUUUACCACGCCCAUUCCGCUUCCCUGGCUGCUCGUUCCCUGGUGAACGGUCAUGGGAGUGGUCAGAGGCAGAGAGGGAGCGAGUCAGGGCGGAUUGGAGGAGCUUUUGAGUCGACUCAAAAGCUGGUGAAUGGUCAUGGGAGCGGUCAGAGGCAGAGAGGAGGUGAGUCGGGGCGGAUUGGAGGGAGCAGAUUGUCUGGGAAACAGCUGCGGAACCAGGGGUGGGACGAGCAGCAGGGGCGGCAUGGGGACGGGCGGCAUGAGGACGGGCAUGUGCAAGAGCAGCGGUAUGAGGAGAAGCAAUACGAGGAGAGCUAUUAUCAGCAACAGACAGUUGGAAGGGGAAGAGGAGGAAGAGUGGGGCAGGCAGAACUCUGA